AGUAAAGGGCAGAGGAAAAAGGAAGGAAGGCGGUGUGGGAAAGCAAAAAACCCCCCCAAAAAGUUCCAGAUCGAAGCAAAGCAAAGAAUCCUUCAGAUCAAAAAAUUCAAAAAAUUCCUCUCUCUCCUCAAUCAAUUCAAUCCUCAACUCCGAAACUUUUCCCUCUCGAUGGCGGGAGGAUCGAAGAAGGGAGAGACGGCUCCGCCUUCGCCGUCGUCGUCAUCGCCAUCGCCAUCGCCAUCGUCGAAGAAGAAGAAGGGCGGAUUCUUUGGUAGAUUAUGGAAGGGGAUCUUCGGACCGAGGAACGACGACUACGAGAAGAAGCUGCAGUACUUGUCGAAGGAGGAGGCCGCUGUUCACGCGAGGUUGAAGAGGAGAGCUCACUCUUCGAGGAGGAGGUCCAGGAACAUCAUCGUUUUCUCUGUGAUCCUCGAGGCAAUGGCAGUGGCUUAUGCUAUCAUGACAACAAGGUCAGUGGAUUUGGACUGGAAGAUGAGAGCAGCUAGAGUAUUUCCUAUGUUUGGGUUACCCAUGUUGUCAGCUCUUAUCUAUUCAUCACUUGUAAGCUUCACAAGGAUGCUUGAUCGCAAGGAUCAGAAGACACUUGAAAGGCUUCGAGCGGAAAGGCAGGCAAAGAUUGAUGAGCUUAAAGAGAGAACAAACUAUUACACUACACAGCAACUUAUUCAGAGAUACGAUCUUGAUCCUGCUGCAAAAGCAGCAGCAGCAACUGUUUUGGCAUCUAAGUUGGGGGCAGAUUCAGGCUUGAAGGUUUAUCUUGGUGAUGAAUCUAAUAACCCUAAAGGGACAAUGGGGAGAAGCAAGGAUGCUGAGCUGGAAAGAUCUGCUGGACUUCGGAACAGGAGACCAUCUCAUAUAAGAAGCAACAGCACGGGGAAUGCUGCACUAACUCAGUACAUAGAUGAAACAUCGGUUGAUUAUAGUGCUGACGGUGAAGAAUCUCCUGAUCAGAAUCAGAGGGUUGUUGAACACUUUAAAGGCCCAAGCCCUAAUGAUGGGGGUUGGCUUGCUCGUAUCGCUGCUCUUCUUGUGGGUGAAGACCCAAGUCAGUGUUAUGCUCUCAUAUGUGGCAACUGCCAUAUGCACAAUGGGUUGGCGAGAAAGGAGGAUUAUCCAUACGUAACUUAUUACUGCCCCCAUUGCCACACAUUGAAUGGUUCUCGCCAGCCUGGUGAAAAUGUCUCUAGUUUAAGCUCCGACCAGGCCACACCUACUAACACGGACACUCCUACGCAGGCUCCGUAACAAACUAGUGGCAAGUAUUGAGCAAUUUUGCGUCUGUUCAAGAGAUUCCUGCUGACGAUGAGAAUGAGAAUGAGAUUCCAUGCUGAAGAUGAGAAUGAAGAAUGAGAUUCCUGCUGGUGAUACGAAUGAGGCCCAUGCUGAAAGCUGAAGGGGGAAAAAGUCAUUACGUUAGGGGACUCUAUCGAAAAUCACAGAGAGAGGAAAAGGAUCUUGGCAUGUUCUUCCUACUAUGAAUCUUAAAGUUGGUGAUUAAUGACCAUCCACUUUUCUUGGAAUUUAGAUUAAGACGCGUCAAGAUUCAGUUCCUUCGCGCAUGAUUUUUCUAUAUGAUUUUUAAUGGAGGAUCCUCUUUUCCGAAAUUUCCCCCAAAACCUUUGUGUACCUCUUGGAGAUAAGAAUGUACGUUAUGUUGUUUGUUGAGACAAAAGGGAAUGGUCAGCAUUGUGAAAGUCUGAUAACCCGUUACUAGAGUUGUAUGCUGUGUGAAGAGUGGAGAGUUAUUUUGUUGCC